UGGCAUAUGGUGAACAGCUUCUGCUAAAGCCCCGACACUUGGGCCCGUGUUGUCUGUUGUUUUGUUGUGAUUUUGGCUAAAUAAUAGAACGGAGAUGUGCGCGGAAUAACCAAGGGCCGAAAAUUUUCCUAUCGGCUUACAGAAAAUCUGUAUCGUUAUUCGACAAGCCUCUCGCGUUCGCUUACCUACUAAAAGACAGAUACAGGGACGACCGCUUAAAGGGUCGUGUGCAGUAUGCGUAAUAUUUGUGAAUCGGGGAUAUUAUGGCUGCGGGAGAAGCCAGUACGAAACCUCGUCAAGAAAAACAAUACGAUUACCUUCUGAAGUUUCUAUUAGUGGGUGACAGUGACGUUGGAAAACAGGAAAUACUCAGCGGUCUCGAAGACGGUGCCGCUGAAUCUCCUUUUUGCAGUGGCAGCGGUAAGCAAUCCUAUAAGACUACGACGAUACUCCUCGAUGGUAAACGAGUCAAACUUCAGCUGUGGGAUACGUCUGGUCAAGGUAGAUUCUGCACUAUCAUAAGAUCGUACUCUCGUGGGGCUCAAGGAAUUCUCCUUGUCUACGAUAUCACUAAUAAAUGGUCAUUUGAUGGCAUCGAUCGAUGGCUCAAAGAGGUGGAAGAGCAUGCACCAGGCGUGCCGAAGGUCUUGGUUGGCAACCGUCUCCAUCUUGCUUUCAGAAGGCAGAUAGGAGAACGUGAGGCUGAAGCCUACGCAGCAAAGAAUCGUAUGGCAUUCUUUGAGGUUUCUCCCCUAUGCGACUUUAACAUUCGUGAAAGUUUCUCGGAGCUUUCUAGGAUGGCUCUUCAUAGGAAUGGCAUGGAAAGACUGUGGCGAUCAAACAAAGUUCUGAGUCUCCAAGAACUUGCUUGCCGUGCCAUAGUAGCUCGUACGACUGUUUACGGGAUAGACCAGCUGCCGUUGCCUACCUCAAUAAAAUCACAUUUAAAAUCAUACGCAAUGACGACAACGUCGCAACUUCGUUACAAUGGAAAUCGGUCGAUGAGUUCUAGCAAGAGUCUUGGAUCUCAUCACCGGAAGUUACGAUUCGUCGGAGCAAGUCACAACGGACUCUCAACACCAGGCAGUUCACCAGGCAGCAUAGCUGAUUCUCGCACAAAUUGUGUGGGUCGUAACUCAUGUGAAAUAUCCUGAGGGUAGAAUUAAGAUAGUCUCGGGUAGACACGUUGUAUAAUAUAAGUAAUGAGCAUAAUUGUGCAGGUAGUGAUGAUCGGAGGAGUGUGAAAGAAGUGUACCAUACGUUGUUUAUACGUUAAUGCGUCGAAAUUUAAUAUUAUUUUAUAUAUUAUGUUCUGUGGUGUAACGGGGAGGGGGGAAUAACCCCAGAGACAUAGCACAGAGUUUGUACCAAAAAAGUUCACAGGAUUGUUAGUAGCUAGAGAAAAGAGAUGAAAAAAUGAGAAAACAAUUGACAAUUAUCUAAUAUUCAUUUUGGAUUUUGUACUUACGAUAUAUUGUUCUUGGUCACUGAAAGUGAAAGCUUUGAAUUGCACUAGAUAUUUUCAAAGUUCAAUAGAGUCAGAAUUUGGCUAUUGCCAUUGAGUGUCACUCACUGCUGUAAAAUAAAAAAGAAACGAAUUUUUUUUUAAGUUAUGGAAGUCGAAGAAUGGAUUGGGUAAUGUAUUUAAGUAUGUGUUUUUUGUCGUUGCAGUGUAAAAUAUAGUAUCGAUUAGAUUUUUUUGUAGCAAAAAUCAUAUACAAUAGAAUAAGCAAAGCAAUAUAUUAAGUAUAAUGGUGUAACUAAAUGUGAAUGAUUCGAAUUAUGUACGAAUUUUAUUAAGUUGACGCUGCCAAUGUAUUAGAUGUCGACAAUAGGCACGAAAAUGGACGUCCAUUUGAAAUAAGAAAUGUAAUAUAAAUUUUCUUGCAAUUUUGCAACAAUACUUGCUGAGAUUUAAUUGAAAAUAACUACAUAUUGGUAUCAGUAUUUUUCUUAUAAACACUUGUUUGAUGCAUCUCUAUAAUAACCAUGAAUCCAUUUUACAUUUUUCAUCCUUUCAAUACGACACACCUACUUAAUCUUAUCAUUCAAAUCGACUAUUUCCUCCAUCGUCGAGCGUUUACGUCAAGUUCAAAUUAAUGUAUACGUCUUAGAUACCGUUAAAUCAAAUUAUCUGAAUUUGUAGUUGUGUAUUAAUGCAUGUAAAUGAAUAUGUUUCCAACAAAUUUCACCAAAGUCAAUCAUCGUUUGACACCCACUGUUAAAAAUUCGUUGAUAAUGUUAGAUUGCAUCAGUGUGUUUUUAGUCUUGAAAAUGUAUUACGGGGCGAGACCCCAUUACAUAUUUGACUCACAAAAAGUAUUAGCGGUACAACAAGAAAGAAAAAACCAUGUUAACUCGUAUUGCUUGUAUAUUGAAAAGUGAAGAAAAAACCGAAAAAUCAAAUAGCACAUACAAAAUAUCAUUUAUCACUCAAAAGCAAACAAUACGGCUCUUUGUCCACAAAUUAUAUUAGCUAUAAAACGAUAUUGUAUAAUUAUCUAUAACGAUUAAAAGAAAAAAAAACUUUUCAGCUACAAAAAAAUUUGUUAUAUUUUUCCCUUGUCGCAAAUUGCUUUGGUCUAGAGCUCAUGAAAAAUUUGCUUUCUGUAUAAACAAUCGUUUAUCGCAAUUUCGUGAGGGUCUUGUUUUGCCAGAGUCUAAUUAUUUCAGGAAUUUCGUAUUUAACUAUUUUAACUUAUUUCUGUAACAGUAUAGCGAAACAGUCUUACAAUCGGGAAAAAAAAUUUAUGUCGCACUUCAAAGGCGGGUUGAUUUUAGAGAAAAUAUAAACUUUCAAAAUGUCUACCAGAGAACUGGGAGUUGCAGGUGAUGGACCUUGCAUAGUAAACCAAGAAGGAGAUCACGGCCCGAUACACCGGCAAUUGAAAGAAGUGAUUGAGCUAGUGAAUUCGACGAACCAGAAAUUAGAAGAUUGUGCUGUAGAGUGGCAAGCAAAAAUAUCUCAAGCACAGUGGAGGAUAUUAGACACAAAGCCAGGCGAUAAUAAGCCUUGGGAACAGUCAGUCUUAGCACGAACUUAUUUCACUGAUAAAACUUUAGACGAUGCAUUUCAAGGGGUUCUGAAGUAUAACAACACGUUUACUGAUCACUUACAAAAUUUUGUAGGUAAGUGAAGAAGGACCGAGAGUUUCCAAAUGGCUCGCUAAUGGGCAUUUUAUACAUUUUUACAGCUUUGGUUCGCGGGGAACAGCCAACUCUAAUCAUUAAGCAAACCUGUAACGCUCAAAAUCAGUGUUCGGACUCUAGUUUGGAGAAUGAGGUGAAAAAUUUACCUUCGGACUACUCGGUCUUAGAAGAAAACCCUGCUGUUGUCCGGAGGGGUAGAAGAAGUCUCAGCAGCAUUCUGAACAAAGCUCAGGAGUCGUUUACAGAUUUAAUCAAGACCAAGAUAGAGUUCGAUACUAAGUUUCUGGGUUUCGAAGCUACACUGAAUGGGAAUGUCUGCGCUACAUCUGAUCCUUCACUCUCGUUAUGCCAGAUUUGUUCUAGAAUUUUAAAAUGUGGAAUAGUAAGUUGAUUCAUAAUUCACUUGUAAAAUUUCUCAUCGGUCUUGAGUUUUAGUUGUCAUCAAAGACUGAACUAUUCAUAUAACACACAGCCGGGUACCACAGCAUGCAAGACUACAAAAAACCACAAGAAUAUAGAGCUGCAUAAAAAGAGAACUAGAUGUAGCAACAGAAUCAAGCACAAGAGAUUGAAACCAACAAAAUGCGUACUCAGAACAAAGUGCACAAAAGUGACCGAGAAAACAAUCAGAGAAUCUUCACCGGUCAAUACUUGUUUUAAGUGAUUAGUCUGGUGUAACAAACGUCAGGAUGUAAGACACGUACUCCAUUACGUAAAUUCAAGUGUACUGCCAAACUUAGCCUGUCAGAUUUGAUCCUUUCGUAAAUUUGUUGGUAUAUAGGUAUAUGUAUAUAUAUAUUACAUGUAUCAAUUAUAAUCUGCAACAUUGUUAUUGUCGCAUUUAUUUAGCAGGUAAUUUGAUAAGAUGGCAAUGUCAUUGCGUAGAAAUGCAAUAAAUACAGUCAUUCUCAUUUUACCUCAAUGUACUGUGAGAUAUUUUGGGUAAAUAUUGUCACCUAGAUUGUUAUCCUUAUAUUUUUAUGUCCAUAGAUACAUUGCUCUGACAAAUGUUCCUUUGGUAUAAUAAACCCGAAUCUUCAACACAAGACAACAAAUUGUAUAUUUAUUACAAGGGUCUAUUGCGGAAGUUUUUCUUCUUCACUUUUUUUUUUCAAAGUACCGUGCAAGAUUCUCAAAUUCUAUACAUCCCAAACUAUGUCUAAGUCAUAUUAAAUGCUUAAACGUCUCUGAAACCAGUUUACCCUUGUGCUAUGGUACCCUGUAUUUGUGCACGUUAGUAUUAUGUAUACACAUCUACACGCUAUGCUAAUUCUCACAAAUAUAUCACCAACUUUCAAGCCUGGUGACAUCUGGUAAUGCUCAAACUUUAAAAAUUCCAGGUGAAUGUAUCAAAUUUGUAGAUAAGGUUGAAGUUAAUUCUCAGUGAAAAUACUUAUAAAAUUGCACAAUAUGCACUAUUCUUCCCUGAUGCAAGGAAAAAAUGUAUUGAUACAUUGACUUUAUAAUAAACUGUUUUAGCACUGACUUAGUGUUGUUAAGGGUUUACGAUUCCAAAACAUUUAUUGAUCUGACAUUUACAGUAAUUUGUUUACAUAUUAUAUUAUAGUUGACCAAUAAGAUCAUAGAAAAGUUUUGACUACACCUUACACGCACCACCAAUAUUUAGGUAACUGCUUAUACAUUUAACUGGGACAUGAAUAAUAAUCACAUAAUGCAAUUAACAACUAGCAAUAAUAUGUGUUACAGAGAGACCUAAGACCUCUGGUAUCACAAUUCAUUCAACUUUAAACCUAAUAGUACAGAGG